CCUUGGCUUUGUCUGUGGGCAUAUACGCUCGUGCUAAAUAAACCUAAAUUAAUUAAUUUUAGUGUUUUAUUACUCCAAAAACAUAACAGUUUUGGCGACGAGAAAUUUGGAAGUGUGCAGAAUAUUAAAUUACACAAAAAUUAAGUGGAUUAAUAACAUAAUUAUUAUUCUGAAUCAAAGACCUUGUUUCUGAAAUCUGAAUUGAUAAGCAACAGUGUGAAGUUGGCGCGAUUUGCAACCGCAUUCCUGAGUUCGCUAUGUCAAAAAUUAUUACAAAUGAGUGUAUCCGAAUCUGAUUUCUAUUCAACCGAGAAUGAAGAUGAAGAUGGCGGCAGUAGCAUCGGAAAGGAAAGAAUAAUAAAAAGUGAACAAUUAACGAAUAGAUCUUGGAUUUAUAAAUUAAAUAAAAAGCAAUUACAAGAAAAAUUAAAACAACUAAAAAUAUAUUUUACGGAGGGACAAACGGUGGAUGAAUUGCGUCGAAUACUAAGUGAUUAUUGUAAACAAAAAACAUCAACAAAGAAAAAUACUAAAAUGACAAACUACAGUUUGAAUCUAUUUGACGGAGAUAAUUGGAAAUGUUUCGAGCAGCAAUUGGAAUGUAUUAUAUUACUUAAUGAGGUCGAAGAAGAUAAAAAGGUGCCGUUGUUAUUAACCAAGAUUACGCCGAAAGUGUUAAAUGUGUUGAAUUGUUUGUGUUCGCCGAAAAAUCCAACUUCGCUAACCUAUGAAGCUUUAUGUACAAAGUUACGCGAUAAAUAUACACAAAAACAACCAACAGCUUUGGAACGGGUAACUUUUAGAAAUAGAAAUCAGUUACCAACAGAAACAAUUGAACAAUACGUACUUGAGUUACGAAAACUUGGUGGAAAUUGCGAUUUUAAAGAUUUAGAUGACCAAAUUAAGGAAAAGUUUAUUGAUGGUGUCAAUUCCAAGUUAAUUAAGUUUGAAUUGCUCAAAAGUGAGUCUAAUAAGACUUUGGAGGAAACAAUAACCUUGGCGAAAACAGUGGAAUUUGCAUUGUUACAAACAAACGAUGGCAAACAAGGAAAUGAGGUAUCGGAGGUGUUUUUUAAUGGACAAGGACGAAAAGGAAAAACAUCACAAAAUUAUCAAAAAUUUAGGAGCGACAUUAGGAAGGAGCCGAGGUGCUUUUGUUGUGGAGCAACAAAUCACGUGAGAUCACAAUGUACAUUAAACAAAAAAUAUUGUUCUGAGUGUGGACAACAAGGACAUAUAUUUAAGAUGUGUUCGAGGAAUAAGAAAAUAAAUAAGGCCUACACUGUGGAAAAAGAACAGCCAAAAUCUUCUGAGAGUGAAGAAAAAGCCAGUGACGAAGAAUUAAUUGAUCAUAUGUUUGAUGACAUGACAAUUUAUUCAGUAAAUAAGCCGAGCAAUAUGUAAAGGAAAAGUUUGCAAAGGUAUUCAGUCCAGGUUGGGGCAACUUUAAAGGUGAAACCAUCAAGUUAAAGUUAAAACCGAACGCCGUGCCUAAAUGCCACCCAGUGCGUCGGGUUCCAUAUGCUCUUAAAGAAAAGGUAAAUUUAGAAAUUUCCCGGUUAUUAGAGAAUGGUAGAAUUGUUCCAGUGGAAUAUAGCCAGUGGGGAACACCUGUGGUACCCAUACUAAAACCAGAUGGUUCAGUGAGGCUCUGCGGUGACUAUAAAGUUACACUUAACCCUAACUUGGAGGUUGAUCAUUUCCCAUUGCCCCACAUAGAUGAAAUUUUUGACACCUUAAAAAAUGGACAGUACUUUUGUGAACUAGACCUAAAAGAGGCUUAUUUACAGGCGCCUCUAGACAUACAGUCACAAGAAUUAACUACAAUUGUUACAGAAAAUGGAACUUUUCAAUAUCAAUAUUUACCUUAUGGUGUGAGUACUGGGCCUGGAUCAUUUCAGCGUCUUAUGAGUAAUAAACUUUCACAGAUAUCAAAUACUAUUGUAUUUAUAGAUAAUAUUUAUAUUUGUGGUCAAACUGUCGGUGACCUAUUGGAAACACUAUGUAAAGUGUUAACAAAAUUACAAGAAUGUGAGUUCAAGUUAAAGUUAGAAAAAUGUAAAUUUUUCAAAACCAGUAUUGAUGUUUUUGGUUUCAGAAUAACAAAAAAUGAAAUCAAUGUUAUUAAAAAAAAUAUUGAGACAUUAUUAAAGUGUGAAGCACCAAAAAAUAUAACAAUGUUAAAAUCAUUCUUGGGAAAAGUUAACUACUAUGCUAGAUUCUUAAAAAACAUGGCUCAUAUUUUAGUACCAUUGUAUGAAUGUACACAGAAAAACAAAUUUAACUGGACAAAGGAAUGUGAUAAAGCAUUUAAUUUAAUAAAAGAGAAAUUAACUUCACUGGAAAGUUUAAGACAUUAUGAUCCUAAUUUAACACUCAUUCUAACAUGUGAUGCUUCUCAUACUGCAUUAGGGGCUGUGUUAUCAAAUAGAGAUUUAAAUGGGGUUGUUAAACCUAUUGCAUUUGCUAGUAAAAAAUUAAAUUCCACAGAGCAGAAAUAUUCAGCGAUAGACAAAGAGGCCAUGGCAAUUAUAUUUGGUGUUACUAAAUUUUAUAAUUACACUUAUGGCCGCACAUUUGAACUCGAAACUGAUAAUGCAGCAUUGGUUAGGAUCUUUGGCCCAAACAAAAGUAUACCAAAAAUGGCAGCAAAACGGCUACAACAUUAUGCGAUAUUUUUGUCGGCAUUUAACUACAAAAUAAGACACAUUAAAACUAGCAUUAAUCCAGCGGAUUUCUUAUCACGGUUAAAUAUAGAUAACCAGGAAAUUUUAGACAUGCAUCCAUUAUGUGAACAUGCCAAUAUUAGUAAUAUUCAUUAUAUAAAUAAUUCAGAGGUAGAAAAGCUUGACUGGAAAUUAAUACAAACUAAAACAAAAAAGGACUUGAUUUUGUCAAAGGUAAUUAGAUAUCAUAUAGAUGGGUGGUCAGAAAAGAAAAAUAUUGAAAAAGAGAUAUUGCCUUAUUAUUAUAAGAAAAAUGAGCUCAGUUUAGAUAGGGAAUGUUUGUUCUGGGGAUACAGAAUUAUCGUUCCAACUGACUUGCGUGAAUCGAUUUUAGCAGAACUACAUAAGAGUCAUUUUGGUAUUGUACGCAUGAAACAGUUGGCACGAUCUUUCUUUUGGUGGCCGAAUUUAGACACAGAUAUAGAGAGUAUAACAAAAAAUUGUGUAACAUGUUUAAGUAAUCACAAAAAUCCACAAAAAUGUCAGAUUAAAUCAUGGCCAGCCCCGCCCUCUGUAUGGUAUAGAAUACAUGCAGAUUUUCUUGGGCCAAUUUAUAAUAAAAUGUAUCUUGUCAUUAUUGAUAGUUACUCGAAGUGGCCAGAAGUGUUUGAAAUGUCAAAUAUUGGAGCAACCAAGACAAUUGAAAUUUUUAAAGGCUUAUUUUGCCGUUUUGGAUAUCCUGUUCAUUUGGUUACAGACAAUGGCCCCACUUUUACAAGUUUAGACUUUGAAUCAUUUUGUAAAAACAUAAAUGUAAAGCAUACUUUUUCGCCACCAUAUCACCCGGCAACCAACGGGGCUGCUGAACGAUUUGUUGAAACCUUUAAGACACAUGUUAAAAAGAUUAAGGAAAGUGGAAAAUCUUUAACAUCAGCUAUAAAUCUAUUUCUUUUUGACUAUAGGAGCAUGCCGCACAAUAUUACUGGAGUGACACCUGCCAAGCUCAUGCUUGGUAGAGAGUUUAGAAGUAGAUUUACAAUGCUGAGGCCUCCACCUAUAGUAGAAAAGUCAUAUGACAUUCUAGAAAAGCAGUCAAGAUUAACAGCGGGGAAGAGAAGAGUAGUGUUUAAGGUUGGCGAAAAGGUAAUGGUUAAAGAUUAUCGAAAAGGGCGUAGUGCCUGGAUUGCAGGUGUUAUAGUUGAAGAGUCCAUUCCUGACACCACUUACAUAAUUGAUGUGGAUGGAUGUAAAUGGAAGAGGCAUGUUAAUCAAAUGUUAAGUUGUAGCAAUAGUUUAGAAGAAUAAACUAUUCUUUGUAUUAUAAUGCAUGUAUUGCACGACGCCAAGAACCUUUGGUUCGUAGGACUUCCCUCAGGAUGUGUGCAAUGCAUGAAUCUGAGAGUUAACUCUUGUAACAUACCUAUGUAAUUAUUGUUAGCCAUUCAGUUGUACUUACCUUUAUAUAUACUUUCUAGUUUGGAAGAUUGUAACUAAACUUUCAUUGUUGAUAUUAUUAAUACUUGUAGUUUGCUUAGUUAAUAAGUGUUAUGUUAUUACCAUUAUAUUUUUAAUUACUCAUUAAGGGGGUGAAGAGCUGUCGUGUAUCCGAUUCUCGCUCGAACCUU